GUCCAAAUGCGAGCCUUCAGCUCGUGUAUCUUUGAUGUUUCCACGACCCUUUGUCGUUUUAUAAAAUUUUCAAAAACGUUUCGAUUCAUCGCAGGUUUGAGUACGUUACUCUUAAUUCUAGUUAGCUAAGGAUAUUAUCUAAAGGUAUGCCGCGGAGUAGAAGUCGUAGCCGCUCUCCCCGUGGCAGAGUUUUUACAGAACGUAGACGUAGUCGAUCACGUUCAAAAGAACGAAGAAAAGAUGUAGAUCGCAGACGAAGCAGAUCCAGGUCACCAAAGCGACGAAGACAUCGCUCUUUUUCAAGAUCCCCUUCCCCAAGAAGACACAGAAGAUCACAGUCUCCAAGGAGAAGGAGGUCCAGAUCAUCAUCACCUAGGCGCUCCAAAAGAUCACGUUCAAGGUCUGCAGAGAAAAGGAAGACAGAUAAAAAUGAUACACCAACAGAGGGCGACAAAAGAGCAGAAGCCACAGUAGAUGUUGAAGAGAUUCCUAAUGAAGAUGAAGAGGCCAUGAUGAAAAUGAUGGGAUUCUCCAAUUUUGAUUCAACUAAGGGUAAACAUGUGGCAGGAGCAUGUAAUUCAAGCUACUCCAGUGUAAAAAAAGCUAACAAAUACAGACAAUACAUGAACAGAAGAGGAGGGUUCAACAGACCACUAGACUAUGUUAAUUAGUUAGUUGUUGUUUUUUUGUACAUCCAAGUCACUCAGGGCAAGCAAGUGGGUCUGUCAUGAGUUCCAUCCAUAUUUCUCUUUUGACCUGAUGUUGUAGUUAAGUUCUAACUAACAGAAAUCUAGGGCACACUAUUCUCAAUCCUUUUUGUUUUUGAAUAUGUUUCAUAUCACCUUUUCAAAAUAUUUUAACCCUCAAACUCUCUGGAGGUUCUUCCAAAUUUUCAAUGUAUUAUGGAAGAAGAAGAUAGUGAAAAAGAAACAAACCUGUCAGCCAAACGGUACUAUGUUGUACCUUGACCUAACUUUCUUGAUUAAUUUAGAAAAGAGAAGUUCUAGGUGUAGUCAAUUUUUUUGUAGUUGAAGGGUUAAUGUUUUACCCUUUUCAUUUGCUGUUUUUCAAAAUCUGUUUGUUUUUUGUUGUCUCUGUUUCAAACUGUGGUACUCAUGGCCACUUUUUCUUUUAGUAACUAUAGUUUUAUGCCUCAUUAACUUGUUAUACAAUUUUCAAGGCCAGCAUUGUAUAUAACUGUACGUUAUUUUGAAAAACAAAAAAUAAAGCAUUUCUGAAAACUCUGAUUCUUAA